GGAGUAGUAGAUUAGUAUUCAGUUUUCUGUUGAGAGCGCGCUGACUCGCCUCCUCUGCGAACCAAACGACAACCUCCAUCCAUCCAGUUCUGUCCCGUGUGUUGGUGUAGUGUUUUGUGUAGCUGAGACCUCCAACACUACAAGAUGAGUUGUGCAAUGGGAACGAUUCGUUACAUCCUAUUCUUUUUCAACUUCUUGUUAGCGCUUGCUGGGUUGGCGAUAUGCAUAACUGGAGUGGUAGCAGCGCGCACAAAGGGGGCAACGUUCGACAAUGUGGUACAAGAGCAACUUACAACCCCUGCGGUGGUCUUCGCCAUCGUGGGGGCGUGUGUCUUCAUCUUCGCCUUCUUCGGCUGUUGUGGUGCUCUUCGUGAGAGCCACUGCAUGAUCGUUACGUAUGCUGUGCUGUUGUUGACGUUGUUCCUUCUGCAAGUGGCCGUGGCUGUCCUAGCGUACACAUUCCGUAGCCAGACUAAUAGUGUUGUUUCUAACGCCAUAACGAAGGCCUACGACGACUACAACUUACCUGACUCAAAGACAAAAGAAUGGAUCGACAAGAUGCAGCAAGAGCUGCAAUGCUGUGGCUCCUCUGAAAACACGAAGCCUUGGGGAUCUUCUACACCAGACUCAUGCUACCCUAACAAAGACAGGUCCAAGACAAUAUACGGACAGGGUUGUAUCCCAACACUGGUCAAUGUGGUGGAGGCAGUGCUAUCGCUCAUCGGCGAGGUUGCUAUCAUUGUAGGAGUUGUACAGGUCGUCGGCAUUGUGUUUGCACUGUGUCUGGCCAACAGCAUACGCCGCGCUGAGAUGCGUGGUUACGCCUAGUCUCUCCUCCUACGCUGAGAGGCGCACAAACAAUUAUUAUUUUAUGCAUCCUGUUAUAACUUUUAAAUGUAGCUAAUAAUGAGCCUUCUAACACACAUUGAAGCGUUGUGUGAGUGAGCGAGAUAGAAUUUUAUUAGUUGUUCUCUUCAUUAUAUUAGCAAGUCUUUCAUAUGGUUUCUACAUAAGUACCUCAGAGACUGAAAAGUGCUUUAAGUGUCUUGCCAUUUUCAAAUUUGGCAAUUUUAUGUUAAAUAUAGGAAUUUGUUUUACCAAAAAAGAAUUUUUAAGUAUGAUUCUUUCCUAAUGUUUAUUUUUAUGCAUUAAUUUCAAUAAUUUAGUUGAAAAAGAAAAAUUUUGUACAUAUUUUAAUUUACAAACAUUAUUCCAUUAUGUUUAUUUAUUGAAAACAUUACAUUCUUUAUUAUUUUGAGCCAUCAGUUUGGCUGUUACUUAAAGAUAAAGAGUUUUGUAACCAUUUUUGAACUUAUGGGAAGAAUAAAUUUUAUUACGAUUGUUGAA